GUCCAAGUUUUUUAAAAAAUGUUCACUCUUUAUGUAUGGGGUCCAGGCUGGGACCUUCCUUCUAUUGACCCAGGUUGUUUGACAGUAAUUGUUUACUUUCAACUUCUCGUGUCAGAAGAAUGGGGGAUCAUUGAAUGUAAUAACCCAAAUAUCUCCCCAACGGGUGAAUUACCAGUAUUGAAAGACGGAGUGGAAUGGAUUGCGGGUGUAAACAACAUAAUUAGAUAUAUGAAAAGAAAAGGGUUUGACGCAGACGAAAAUUUGACAACCAGACAAAAUGCUGAUAGCGUUGCAUAUGUGUCCCUUGUUGAAGAUGGAAUCUAUGAUUCUUUGUUAUAUUUAUGGUACGCGGACACCAAAAAUUUCACGCAAGCAAUAAGUCCUCUUUACGGAAGACUUCUUGCCUUUCCAAUAAAUUAUUAUAUACCCAAUCAAAUGCGAGAGAUUGCUAAAACAAGAUUAGAAAAAUAUGGUGUUAUUUCCGUUGGAGAUCAGGGUUUUCUCGUGGAUAAAGAACUAAAGAUGUAUAAAGCUAUAAGAAAAUCCUAUAAGGUAUUAUUGGACAAAAUUCAGGAUAAUGAAUUUUUCCUUGGGAAUAACCUCUCUACACUAGACAUAAUGGUAUAUGGGCAUCUAGCAACUCAUCUAUAUUCAGAUCUCCCAAAUCCAAGCCUAGCUAUUAUUCUUCGUACAGAAUUUCCUAGGCUUGUAAUAUUUUGCGAUCGCAUGAAAGAUCGACUUUCUGAAAAGGAAAUUAUUAAAUUCCCAGCCAAUGACCUUCCAUCCGUCUUCACAGGAAUUUUCAGAUCUCCCCGUGCAUGGUUUAAUAACACGCUCUGGCAAGCUAGAGACGUAGAAAAAGAAGAAAAAUCUCAACCCCAAAAGGAUUUUGAGAGAAAAAGAAUUAUAUCAAUUACUGGUGCAAUUCUAUUUAUGGUCACUUAUGUAAUCUGGAAUAAAAUCGUUAGUAUAGAAGUUAUUUCCGAGAAAGACGACAAAGAAGAAAAUGAAUAUUAUGAUAAUAACGACAACGACAACGACGACGACGACGACAACGACGACGAUGACGAUGAUGAUGAUGAUGAUGACAAUGAGUAAAGUUUGAUUUGAGUAAUAUC